CCCCCAGUGAUCCCCAGACAAUUUCCGGCGGUUUCUCUAGGCCAAAACCGCACUCUUCCCCUUGGUAUUCGGUUACAGUCAGACGCCGAUACAAUAACCACCGCAAGAUUAUUAAUUAUCAGUGAUAAACCACCGAGUGUUAAAAUAAAAAUCCACUGAUCAAUAGCCGAGGCUCAAUUGUACGAGUAUCCGUGAAUUUUGAAGCAUCAGAAUGAGCACCCGAGUAUUCGUUGGUGGAUUAAGAUACCGGGUGAGAGAGCGCGACCUCGAGAAGUUCUUCCGGAAAUAUGGUAGAAUCAAGGAGGUCGCUAUGAAGAACGGAUUUGCCUUUGUGGAAUUCGAUGACUACAGGGACGCCGACGACGCCGUCUACGAGCUCAAUGGCAAGGAGCUUCUUGGCGAGAGAAUUACUGUAGAGAGGGCCCGGGGGACACCUAGGGGUAGUGACCAGUGGCGCUAUGGUGACUCCCGUGGUGGUUAUGGGGACUCGAGGCGAUCUGCCCGAGACGAUAUGCGGCACGACAGAGAUAGUGUGAACAGAAACAUGAGGACUGCAUCUAGCUACAAGCAAUCAUUGCCCAGGUAUGGACCACCAACUCGCACUGAAUAUCGACUCACAGUGGAGAAUCUCUCUACUCGUGUCAGCUGGCAGGAUUUGAAGGAUUACAUGAGACAAGCUGGAGAAGUUACUUAUGCUGAUGCUCAUAAACAACGCAGGAAUGAAGGAGUUGUAGAAUUCGCUACGUACUCGGACUUGAAGAAUGCCAUCGACAAGCUCGAUGACACUGAGCUGAAUGGCAGAAGGAUUCGUCUGGUUGAGGACAAGAGGAGAGGUCGUCGUUCUCGCUCAUCUAGCUCGAGAUCUCGAUCCCGCUCACGCUCACGCUCUCGACGUCGCUCUCGCUCUCGCUCCAGGAGCCGCCGCAGCUCACGUAGCCGUAGCCGUCGCAGCAGCCGCUCCAAGUCGAGGGCACACUCAAAAUCCAAAUCAAAAUCCAAAUCCAAGUCUCCUGAGCGCAGUCGCUCUCGUUCCAAGUCCAAAUCCAGAGAUCACUCAAAAUCAAAAUCCAAGUCACGAUCUCGCUCAAGAUCGAAGGCAGAGCGCUCAAAAUCGAGAUCCCUAUCCAAGUCAAAGGCAAAGUCUCCCUCGAAGGAGAGGUCGAGUCGCGAGCGCUCCAGAGGUGAACGCUCCAGAUCUCGUUCAGGUAGUAAACACAGCAAGAGCCACAGUCGCUCAAGAUCACCAAUGAACGGCGACAAAUCCCCGCAGAGUAACUGCGCAAAGGCCGACUAAUAAUCACCAAUAAACUCGUCAUAAUAAUCGUGAAAUGAAAAAUUAAUACGAGAGAAAACAAAAGUGGAAAAUACGAAAAAAAUUCAAUUCAAUUUAUCACCGACGGACGCCAACGUAUUCCCAAAAACUAAUAACUUUUAUAUAAAAAAAUAAGUGAAAAAAGUCGAGACCUCCAAUUAAUCUGUCCAUUUUACUUUCGUUAUAUCGAUCCAAGUAAUUUUAUUCUUCAAACAGGAAAAUUGAUAAUUUGGCGAAUUUUCUUGAAUUGUCCCUUUUCAAAUAUGUAUUUUUGACAAUGGAGACGAUGAGUUCAAUUGUAAGAAUGGAUUAUCGAAUUUUUCUAGGUAAUAAGUCACGUUUAAUUGGUUAAUUGACUCUACUGAACCAAUGAUUUUUGGUUUUUUUUUUCGUUUCGACCAGAUAAAAUUGUACGAAGUAGGACUGGAAUACGAGAAACAAUGAAUUACACAUUCGCACGCAUUUAGACUUUAACUGUAAAUUCCCUCUGAUUAUUAAAAUUGUCGAUUGUACAUUGAGAGACAGAGGGACAUUUUCAUUCAACGAUUUGUUCAAUGUUAACUUGAUAGUAAUGAUUUGGAAGACAGCAAAAUAGGUUUUUAGGCCUUUGCCAUGGCUUUUUGUAUAUAACUCUCUCCCCUGAGUACAUUAUGAAUAAGAUGAUGAAAAUUAAUGAUAAUGUGAUGUGUAUUAAAAUCUAGGUAAGUCUUAUUAUGAUCAAUAAAGACAUCCCGCAGUCGUGAAAAAA